AUGCAAAAAUCAAGUCGAUCACUGUCGUCCAAAAAAAAUGAAAAACUCAUUUCCAAAAGAAAUAAAUCUCUUUAAGAAACAGAGAGCUAUGGAAAAUUUCUUGAAUUUCUAAAUUCUAAUCAAAAUUAACCUUUCAGAUAAUUUUUAUAUAUGCAAGAAUUCUUUAAUACUAACUUGAAUUCUUUUCCUUCAGAUGAGGAAAUAUAAGCUAUUUAAUAAAAUUUAUUCUCAAUUUAUUCAGCUAUUUCAAAUAGAAAAAAAAAUUGGACUUUUGAUGAAAAGAAAGUAUUAAUAUGGGUCGUAGGUAAAUUAAGUUAAUCUCAAGGUCUUGAUAUCAGAGACCUCCCUAUUAGUUUUUGGAAUGAUGUUUCUGAAUUGAUUUGCAGAAGAGACCCUUAAUCUUGUAAGUUAAAAUGGUCACAACUAAGAAAAACAGAUUUAUAAUAAAAACCAUUCACUUAAUAGGAAGAUUAAAUAUUAUUAGAUUUAAUUAAUAAAUACAAUGAUUCUGAAUAAGGGAAAAAAUGGUCUUAAAUUUCAGAAGAGCUUAAUUCCUAAAAUUUAAAUUAUCGAACUAGUAAACAAUGCAGGGAAAGGUGGUUGAAUCAUUUAAAUCCAAAGAUAUCCAAGUAAAUUAUUAAUACAUAAUAGGGACCCUUGGAAUGACGAUGAAGACAUUUUACUAUUAGAUUUAAUUUUAGCACAUGGAAGAAAAUGGGCUGAAAUUUCAAAAUUGUUUGAUUGUAGGAGAAAUGAGAAUAAUGUCAAGAAUAGAUUUUCGAGUUUAAUCAAAAGAGAAAAAGAUUUGAUUGUUGAGUAUGAAUAUUAAUUUAUAAAUUUAAGUCUAAAAAAUGGGUAAACAACAAAUUUGGAGGCUAUUUUGGGAAAUCCUACUGGGCAAACAUUAAAUAAUUAAUAAAUUAUCGCUAUUGAAGUUUUAAAAAAUAAAAUAUUGUGGAGAAAAGGACAAAACAAAUCUGGUGAACAAUUCAAUGAUUUUAGAAGAACUUCUAUACAUCAGACGUCUGGAAAAUAAGAAGAAUUUUAUCUCAAAAGAUCAUCUAUAGUGAAGUAUUCUGUAGGACAUUUGGGUUAAGAUGAAAUAUUAAAUGAUGAAUUAGUGCCUUGUUUAGUGAAUUUAGAAAAAAAUAUCAUUUAUUUUUGCUCAAAGGAACAAAUAUUAAAAUUAUUAGAAAAUUAAAUAAAUUAAAUUAAUUAUAAUUUUGAACAAGCCAGGAAAGACAUUAAAUCUUUUGAUUCAGGAUUAAUUAACUUUAAAACUCAAUUAAGUAUCAUAAGUGAAAUAAAUGAUUCUAAAUUUAGCUCAUUUUUAUGUGGAUAAGAUAAUGAAGAUAAUUAUAGUUAAAUUGGCAAGGUGAUUUAAAACUAAUUCCUUUAAUAGUAAUUCAUGGAUUUAGAAUAAUAUCUAAACUUAGAUCCUCCUUAAAAUUAAUAAAUAAAGCACUUCUUAAAUCCAAUACAAUAAAUACAUUAUAAAGCAUACUAUUAAAUAAGGAAAGCUUAUAAAUCAGAAGUGCUUUAAUAAAAUGUGAGAAUGAUUGAUUAAAAAAUUCCUAGGUCUUUGCCAAAUGUAAUUUCUAUUGUUUCAUAAUGA